AUGAAGAUGUUAGUGAUUUCACUAUCUUUCACUCUUUUAAGCAUAGCUUUGCAUGGAAAUGCAAAUGCCAAUGAACAACAACACUUUGACACCGGAGGGUUGAGUAGGGAUAGGUUUCCCGAUGGCUUUGUGUUCGGAACAGCGGCAUCAGCGUAUCAGGUGGAAGGAAUGGCAAGUCAAGAUGGUAGAGGGCCUAGCAUAUGGGAUGCAUUUGUUAAAAUUCCAGGACACAUUGCGAAGAACGAUACCGGUGAAACUUCUAUUGAUCAGUAUCAUCAUUAUAAGGAAGAUGUUGAUCUGAUGCAGAUGUUGAAUUUCGACGCCUAUCGAUUUUCGAUCUCGUGGUCGAGAAUAUUUCCAAAUGGAACAGGAGAGGUAAAUUGGAAAGGAGUUGACUACUAUAAUAGAUUGAUUGACUAUAUGAUUGAAAAAGGAAUCAUUCCCCAUGCAAAUUUAUACCACUAUGAUUUGCCACUCGCUCUUCAGGAAAGAUAUAGAGGUUUGCUCAACAGACAAGUUGUGAAAGACUUUGGUGAUUAUGCAGAGUUUUGUUUCAAGAGAUUUGGUGAUAGAGUAAAGAAUUGGAUGACAUUUAAUGAACCAAGAGUGGUUGCUGCUCUUGGUUUCGACAAUGGCGUCAACCCUCCUAACAGAUGUUCAAAGCAAUUCGGGAAUUGCACUCAUGGAAACUCUUCCACUGAACCUUAUAUUGUUGCACACCAUUUGAUUUUGAGUCAUGCUGAAGCUGUUAAAAGAUAUCGUCAAAAAUAUCAAGCUAAACAAAAUGGAAGAAUCGGCAUUUUCUUAGACUUUGUUUGGUAUGAACCAUUAACAAGAUCAUUAGCAGACAACUACGCUGCACAGAGAGCAAGAGACUUUCAUAUCGGAUGGUUUUUGCACCCUCUGGUAUAUGGAGAAUAUCCAAGAACCAUGCAAAAAAUUGUGAGAGAAAGGCUUCCCAAGUUCACCAAGAGUGAAGUGAAGUCUGUCAAAAAUUCAUUUGAUGUUCUUUGUCUCAAUCAUUAUACAUCAUACUAUGUUUACAACCCACGUCUGCCUCCACCCAAUGUCACCGGCUACCAACAAGAUUGGAAUGCUGUGUUUGCUUAUGAACGCAAUGGAAUACCAAUUGGUCGUCGGGCUCAUUCUCCGUGGCUAUAUGAAGUUCCAUGGGGUAUGUACAAAGUUGUCACGUACGUCAAAGAACGUUAUGGAAACCCUAACAUAAUUCUCUCCGAGAAUGGGAUGGAUGACCCUGGCAAUCUAACGUUUCCUGAAGCGUUGUAUGAUGUCAACAGAGUAAAUUUCUAUAGGAGUUACUUAAAGGAAUUGAAAAGAGCCAUGGAUGACGGGGCCAAUGUUAAGGGUUACUUCGCUUGGUCGAUGUUUGAUAAUUUUGAAUGGUUAUUAGGAUAUACAUCAAGAUUUGGGUUGAUUUAUGUUGAUUACAAUGAUCUCAAGAGAUACCCCAAGCUAUCAGCAUAUUGGUUCAAGCAAAUGCUUGAAAGAAAGAAUCCAUAGGAUUAGUUAAGAUUGUUUCUUAGUGUGGUUUUAAGUCUGUUUAGAUCAUGCUUUAGGGUUUGAUAUUUUGUUUUUUAGAUCAAUUCCCAUCUA